GUUUUGAUUAAAGGUCCCGUUGCCGGAUAUACAGGAACGCUAUUGUAGCUGAAGGCACGCACCAUCCUUCGUGUCCUUGCAUGACUCCAAAAGCCGGUUGAAGAUGUAUAAGCAGCUCAUGACAUUCCAGCAGGUGUCUCGGCGAAUGCUGAGUACCACUGCUAACAAGCAGGUGAUGAACCGGGUACCUCAGAAGCAGAAGAUGUUUCAGGAGGACAAUGGCAUUCCAAUCCACCUGAAGGGCGGCGCUACAGACGCGAUCCUCUACCGGACCACUAUGGCAUUAACCAUUAUGGGGACAGCAUAUGUCAUCUAUGAGCUGGUAAAUGCAGCCCUUCCCAAGAAGAAGUAGUUACUCCGACCUCUUGGCCUCUUCAACAUUCCUCCAAUGGUUGUACAAAAUUCAUUUUCAGGGAGUUCAUUUGUUCCGUCAUAAUGAUAUUCAUGUCAACUUGUAAUUUAUUCAAUUGUGUAUCAUGAGGACAAUAAAAUCAACCUCUCUUGAAUGGA